AUGGCUCCCCUCACCAUCCCCAAGAUCUUCAUGGCCGGCGGCGCCGUCGGCUUCACCUACUACAUGGUCAUGCGCCAGUACUGGUUCCCCAACCCCUACAAGACCCGCGAGGUCGCAAACAUUGAGGACCGCUUCACCGCCGGAGGAGCAUCCACCCACCAUACCCCGGGCGCUGGCACCCGCCGCGGAGACUCGCAGAGCACAGAGUCGAGACAAAUUAGCGGUGAAAAGGGUCCUCAGUCGGAUUUCCACAAGAAUAACAUCAGUGAUCAGCAGAGCGAGGUAUGUUCAUCCCCAUUGUGGAGGGCCGAUGAGUGA